UCCUGCUAUACUGAGAAGAGCGGCGUCGAGACAGACUGGGCAGCUUGAACACCACCACUUCACCAACCGCACUAUACAAUGAACCAGUUAGCAGUAUCUCCCUCUCCAGAUAUCCGCUUCGUCACAGUUAUACUGCUGGCGAUGGGCCUCUCUACUCCUGGCAAAGCAGAAAUCACCAGUCUGGACGCUGGUAACAUUGAUGAGAUCCUAAAUAAUGCUGGGGUAGCUUUAGUGAAUUUUUAUGCUGACUGGUGUAGGUUCAGUCAGAUGCUCCAUCCAAUCUUUGAGGAAGCAUCCAACACUGUGAGGGAGGAGUUUCCUGACACCAGUCAGGUGGUGUUCGCUCGUGUCGACUGUGACCAACACUCGGACAUAGCCCAGCGGUACCGCAUCACUAAGUAUCCAACGUUGAAGUUGUUCCGCAAUGGAAUGAUGAUGAAGAGAGAGUACAGGGGUCAGAGGUCUGUAGCAGCCAUCGCAGACUUUAUCCGUCAGCAGCAGGUCGACCCCGUGAAAGAGAUACAUUCACUGGAGGAGAUUAAUGCCUUAGAUAGAAGCAAGAGAAACAUCAUAGCUUACUUUGAAACAAAGGACUCUGAUAAUUACCACACAUAUGAAAAAGUUGCCAACAUCCUUCGUGAUGACUGCACAUUCCUUGCUGCUUUUGGUGCGGUAUCUGAGCCUGAGCGUAUCAGCGGAGACAAUAUAAUCUACAAACCUGUGGGGGAAAACGUCCCUGACAUGGUCUACCUCAGCUCACUCACCAACUUCGACCUGACCUACACCUGGGCGCAGGACAAGUGUGUGCCUUUGGUCAGGGAGAUCACCUUUGAAAACGGAGAGGAGCUGACUGAAGAAGGAAUCCCAUUCCUCAUCUUGUUCCAUGCUAAAGAAGACACAAACAGCUUAGAGAGGUUCCAACAUGAAGUGGCUCGCCAGCUUAUCGGCGAGAAAGGGUCUAUUAACUUCCUUCACGCGGACUGUGAUAAGUUCCGCCAUCCGCUGCUUCACAUUCAGAAAACUCCAGCUGACUGUCCUGUCAUCGCUAUAGACUCAUUCAGACACAUGUAUGUCUUCCCAGACUUCCAAGACCUUGGUAUCCCAGGCAGGCUGAAACAGUUUGUGUUGGACCUUCACUCUGGAAAGCUACACAGAGAAUUUCAUCACGGUCCUGACCCCACAGACAGCACACCUGGACAGGAGGAGACGGCAAAAGAAGUGGCUAGCAACCCUCCAGAGAGCUCUUUUCAGAAGCUGGCACCCAGCGAGACUCGCUACACCAUCCUCAGUAGGGACCGCGACGAGCUGUGACCCUCUACGGCCCUUCGGUGAUCCUGUGACUCAAUGCCAUGCCCCAGGGUCAGGGAAGGGGUUAGGGUUGGGAAAGGCCAACGGGACAGAUCAGCAACACCCAACACCCUUACUGAAGAGAAAGAGAUGUGGAAAUGGAGUGAAGAGGAAGGAGGAGGGGAAGAAGAAAAGCAGACCAUGACACAACCCUGUUGGAAUAACCUAUAUUUUCAUAACUCUUUCACGUACAGUUUUUAUUUUGGAUCAAAAGGAAAAGGGGAAAAGGAGAAAAUGUGUGUGGGCAUGGGUUAGGAGCAUCAAGAGAAGAGUUUUUACUUUUAUUUUUUUGGAGCUUGUAAAUAUGUUUGUGCUACAUGGGAGUCUCAUUGUCAGUCUAAAUUAAAUACAGAGUUUUCUUUA